AUACAGUGCUCAAUAAUAUUCGCGAUCGACAUUACGUUCCCUUUGUGGAAACUUGGACUUUGUUUGUUAGAAUCAAGAUUCCUUUUCCACAAUGGGCCAAACAGCAGUUGCUUACUCUCUCUUGCUGUACGUAGUCGCCCCUGCUCUCGUUUCGAUCGCUAUUUGCAGAGGUGGUCUGAUUCCCGCGACCUCUUCUUCCGAGGAUGGCAGCAUCUCUUGGCCGGCUUUCUACGCGACGUACGGCCUGCUGGCUGGCUUGGCGUACUUGACGGCAGCCGUGUUGUCGUUCAUCUACAGCCCUCUGGAGUUUUACGGCGAUGAAGGGAGAGAUUCCUACUUGAUCGACAAAGCCCAGGCCGGGCUGUCCAAGGAAGAAGCGGUGGCAGAGAUGAAACGAUCGCGGAAGAUCGGUGACAUACCUCCCGUCUAUCCCAACGGUUGGUUCAUUGUCUUCAGGUCUGCGCAGGUCAAGAAGAUGGAGACGAAAUACGCACAUGUCCUGGGCUUGCACGUGGCCGUAUUUCGCGGGGAGAGCGGACAGGUGUACAUCGUGGAUGCUUACUGCCCUCAUCUUGGCGCCAAUCUGGCCAUUGGCGGGAAAGUCAAGGGGGAGUGCAUAGAGUGCCCGUUCCAUGGAUGGACGUAUCAAGGGGAGGACGGCAAAUGCGUUCACAUCGCCUACGCAGACAAAGUGCCAGACUUUGUCAAGGUUAAAACGUAUCGAUCCCUGGAAAUCAAUGGUUUGAUAUUGAUAUGGUACCACGCGGAAGGGGAGGAGCCGUCCUGGUACCCGCCGGAGAUCGAGAAAAUCAAGACUGGCGAGUUGGUGUACAGUGGUUGCUGGGAAACCUACUUAGACUGUCACAUCCAGGAUAUUGUGGAAAACGGCGGUGAUGUGGCGCAUCUGGAUUACGUGCACGGACCGCAAGUCCUCCAGAAGCGUUUUGUCAAUGUCAAAUGGGAGGCUCAUCCGACAAAGAAAUAUCUCAGCACGACCUACUCCGAGACGGCGAUGCAUUGGGCGUUCAUACCCGGAAACAAAAUUUACCACGAACAGUACGGGCCUGGUCUGUCCUAUGUUGAUGCUAAUGAAUUCAUGCUCACGGGGUGCGUACCAGUGGGACCCUUCAGGCAAAAAGUAGUGUUCAUGAUGUACUCUGCUCCGGCCUCUCCCUUCAACUUGGCGACUCGGCUCUUCAAGAAACUCAAGGUGUAUUGGUCUUACUUGGGGAUUAAAGGAGAUGUGAUCGUUUGGGCUAACAAGACCUACCGGCCCAAGCCCAUACUGGUCAAGGAGGAUCCUUCUAUCGCACAGCAUCGCCGCUGGUUCGCCCAGUUCUACACUGAGAACAGCCCGCGACUCCACCCCGCUGACUCCCUGCAGUGGUAACUCGCGGCAGUGGCUCAGAGUUCACCCUCAACUGAUCAAAGGGAGGCAUGGGGCUACGCUACUCCCCCCACCCCCCAAAAAGAUAUAAUUUGUAUAACAUUUUUGGAGUCAAUGUAGAGUCAUGAAAAUGUAGUUUGCUUGAUCACCAAGUUGCUUCAAUAGUACUGUUUUACCUACCGUGACGAUUAAGAAAUGAUAACAUUAUGCGGAGCGUCAGGAAAUGUAAUCUAAAAUAAACUGUAUCAGAAGAAAUCUUGCUUGUCGAAUAUCAGCUGUAUUAAGAGUCCUACAUGCAGGUAAAUCUCUAACACUAAUAUUAUCCUAAGCCUACUUCUUAGGCAAGACUCUUCGUUUCAUAAACCGUAAAGACUGCAGAAAACGGGGUUAUUUUAGCAGGAAAUUGAAGAAAAGAUUGCUGGACAGAUAGUUUAAGACACUGUGCAAGAAAUGUUCAUGAAAUAAUCAAACUAUCAUAGAGUCCAAAUUGCACAUUAUACACCGGUAACGCGCCCCGGAAACAGGCUGCAUGGCUACUUUCUUCACUUAAAGCGGGAAAGGUUUAGCCAGAUGCCACGACAGGAUGCGGCAGGCUAACUUCCUUUUUGUAAUUUUUUUUUCUUUUCUGUUCACGACUUGAAUUCGUUGUAGUUUUGAAGGUUUGGUGGUGAAGAAUUAUUAGCUGCAUUUCAACUGAUCGCGCUUGUUUUUGACUGGACUAAACCAAGGGUUGUUGAGAUGGAAAACCUGUUCUCUGUUCGUCUUCCUUAUUAGUGUUUUGCGAGAAAGAGGGACGAGCAUCCAAAUUUUGGCUCAUUCUAAUAAUAUAUUAUUUGAAAUA